CAGGAAAUGACGUAAAUACUUUGGGAUUGUUAUGUGCAACUGGUAAUAGCGUCCGUCAAGGAACAAAUGCUUAACACCUUGAUACAUUACAAAAAAAUACCCGGUAUUUAAACCUUGGCAUUUUUCUAAUUUAUUUAUCUUCCACGGGUUUUGAGAUUUUGUCUGCUCUUAGGCUGAGUUGUAAUCGACAAUUAAACGCAAACGAAAUAUCUAGCAGACAAUAUCAAACCCUGAGGACAUUUGUCCUUCUAUUUUAAAUAUCGAAAUUAGCUCUCAUGAGCAAACACCCUCAGUCCCUGACGAAACCGGUUAUGGAGAAGACGUGAGGAUAACAACGAGAGUCUUUUGUUCGUGAACGCAUUUCAUUCUCUCUUCUUUAUUGGUCAGUUCCUCUGGAUGAAAUGAAUUUCUUGCGGAACCGCCUCGUUGUCUUGUGCCUGGUGCUUUUGGCCACGCUGCUGCUGUAUCUUCUGCUGCCGUCCAUUCGCCAGGGCAGCAUGGAGCCGUCUCUAAAAGCUCAACGAUCAGCGGUGCUGGCCACCUCGCCCCCCGUGCUAACCCCUAUCAAUGUAUCCAUUCGCACUGGGCAGUUACCCGGAGACCCACCUCUGUUCUUCCGGGAAGCUUUACCUGUAGAUGGAGCCGGACGACAGAUCAUACCAAGGCUGCAAGUGGUCCUUUUACACGGUCAAGCCUUCACUUCAAAGACCUGGGAGGAGCUCGGUACCAUGGCAAUCCUGGCAAAUAAUGGAUACCAGGCUUUAGCAGUGGACCUGCCAGGUUAUGGACAGUCACCAGACUCUGAGGCUCCAAAGUCGGAGCAGAAUCGCGUGGAACUCCUGUCAAAGUUCAUGGAGUCUUUAGGCAUCAAGGCGGCUGUCCUCGUGAGCCCGUCCAUGAGCGGACAUUACUCGAUCCCUUUCCUCAUGAAGAACAACGCUCAGCUCAAAGCCUUCGUUCCUGUUGCUCCGGUUGGAACUCGAAGUUACUCCCCACAGGAAUACCAGAAUAUUCAAACUCCCACUCUUAUCGUUUUCGGAGCUUUGGACACAAAUCUCGGAGCUCAGUCCCACAAGAACCUCAUGCAGCUCCCCCAUCACAGCGUCCUAAAGCUGGAGGGAGCGCGGCACGCGUGCUACAUGGAUAAACCUCGAGAAUUUCAUCAAGGAUUGAUUGAAUUCCUCAGCAAACUAAAGUGAGAAUGUGUUGAAAAAAGGAGUCAAGUUAUUGGAGGAAUCUCCAGCGAGUGAUUUAACGCUUCAGAUUUACCUAAAGGUACUAUAAGCUGAUUGUUUGGGUUUUUUUUAAAGCUGGAAGUUGUUUUGCUGCUUAAGAUGUACCAGUUCAGAAAAGAAUACGUAGAUAUAAAUAUGUGGGGUUGGAUGUUACACCUAACUACAAGGUUUGCUCAGUUUAUUAUUAGUGGUAAAAAAUAUAUAUUAUAAUAAAUAAAUAAAGGCAGCACUGUGGUGAGUUUAGUUCCAUGUUUUCCAUGUCUCUCAAUGUCUCUCAUUGCAUGAAAAAAAACAAAAUAUUUCAGUUUCAUUGUUAAAUGUUACCUGUAUACAAAAAAGCAAUGAUUCUGUUACCUGCACUCUUAAAAAAAGGGUUAAGCCGAAAUAUGUUGUAAUUAUUAUCCCAACUAUCUCGACGUGUUACUUGAAAGAAAUAAGAGACUAUUUGUCAAAAAUGUUAUGUAUAAAAGUGAAGACCACAAUGUUUUUUUUCUUUUCAGGCAAGUUUACAAAGGUGUAAAUACUAAGUGUUAAAACAUUCUGCACAAAUGAAAUGAAAGAAAUGUGUGGGUUCUGCUUAAAAGAAAAUAAAUGAAUUUUGAGUUGA